AUGGUCUUGAUCUUUGAGAAACAAACAGCGAGUGAGGAUUGCGAAAUCAAGAAGACACAAGCCUUGAGGCAAGUUGACAGUUUGGCAUGGUUUUGGAAGUCAUCAUGCCGCAACAUGAUUGUCUUGUUGUGCAGGUGUGCCUUCAUCUCAAUUGCAGCCUGGAAGUUGCUGCCAGAACCAGCAGACAUCAGCCAUGACAGAGCUGUGAAUACUCGCUUCUUGGGAGAGCUAGGAAAUGAGUUUGACCGGAGUAUUGACUCUCACAUUGACAAUCUUGAGUGCAUAGGAUGGCGUGCCACAAAGGAAUGUAGCCCUCUCGGACCACUCUUUGAGGGCAAGAACAGAGCCUCAGCCUUUCUCAGGGGCUUCAUUCACAAUGAUCUGCCAUGUGAUCAACAGAUACCAGUUUAUUGGGAGGGGUCAGGAUACUGUGAGAUGAAAACAAGAGCAGGGCAAGUGGUUAAAGUCUUCCAAAAAGGAUGCAGAGAGGGAUCCCAUCGACCUGAACAGCUGAAAGCAUAUUUCUCAUGCCACAUGGCAGCUUCCUUUUUGAAGUACAAGAACCGAAUGAUGAGCUAUGAACCUGAUGAACCCAUCACAGUUUCUGAUCAUGCAGUUCCUUCCAGGGGUAUUGUCAUGCAGGUGUAUGGGAGAAUCUUACCAAGUGUUUAUUCCCUUGUCAAAGUCUUGAGAGAAGUUCAUGGUUGCAAGCUUCCCAUAGAGUUCUGGUCACUAAGUGGGGAAGUCACUGAGUCUGAUCCUGUGGUCCAGCAGCUAUUGGCAGAAACUAACACCGCUCUUCGAAUCAUCAGUGAUGCAUCCAUCACAUCAUACAUGUCCAAACCAUACAGCAUUGUAUACAGUCACUUUGAUCAGGUUCUGUGGUUGGACAGUGACAACUUUCCCUUCCAUGACCCCUCAUUUCUGUUUGAGACUGUGGAGUUUCAGCAAAAUGGUGCCAUAUUCUGGAAGGACUUUUGGAGGCCUCAGAUGAAUGACUUUUUUCUCACCAAGUCUUCCUUGGCAUGGGAGCUGUUUGAUAUCCCACCUGAUUCACCAAUUCGUGAAGAAAUGGAGAUGGAGGCUGGUCAGCUUGUAAUUGACCGCAGAAGAUCCAGGAAGGCCCUUAAUGCUCUCUUGUUUUUGACCAUUACAUUCAAAGAGAUCAUAGGGCCAAUGGACCUCCUUCUGGGGGACAAGGAUCUGUUCAGGUUUGCUUUUCAUACCACCAACACCCCAUUCCAUUACAUGGAGAAGCCACCUGGUUUUGCUGGCAUUUCUACUUGGUCUUUCUUCAGUAGCCAUACUGUGUGUGGUCAAACCAUGAUGCAACCUGACCCAGUGGGAAAUCCACUCUUCUUUCACAGGAACUUAGCAAAGCUUAAAGACCGCAAAAGUCUUGAGAGGGUUUGGGAGAAGGGCAUGAGGUUUAUUGGCAACUCUGAUGCCCAGUACCAUGUAGAUGGGUGGCCAAGCUUUUCAAGAUCAGCGUGUUAUGCACCAACAGAUCCUGCUUACUUUGAGGAAUUGGAUUUUGGAAUAGGAUCCAAUGUGUCCCAGUUUGAGAGCAAAAUCUUGUUUUAUGCUGGUGAAGCUGUGUCAAUGCUUGAGGAAGAAAACCCAAAAUGA